AGGAUUAUAAGUUCAAUUCUCACAGUUGAAUUCCAAGUGAAUUGAAAGAGACAAGAGUUGGUAAAAGACCAAAACAGAGGGAUAAAAUGGCCUUUGCUCUGAAAGCAAAUACAAGUCCAUUUCUCAGCCUAAACCACAAUCAAUCCAAUUUGUUUCGUCACAAUCAAUCCAGCUUGUUUUGCCCCAAUUAUACUUACAACCAUUCUCAUUCUGUUGUAUCUAUCAUCUCCAAAUCUUACAAGCCUCCCAUGGCCGCUCUUAGCACUUCAGUCGGAAGCAGCACUGUUGGACUCUCCGAAACUUUCGCCAGAUUAAAGCAACAAGGAAAAGUAGCACUAAUCCCAUUCAUCACUGCUGGCGAUCCAGACCUAGCAACCACAGCAGAGGUACUUAAGGUGUUGGAUUCCUGUGGGUGUGACAUUAUAGAAUUGGGUGUGCCCUAUUCUGACCCGUUGGCAGAUGGUCCAGUUAUCCAGGCGGCUGCCACACGGUCACUUGCAAAAGGUACCAACUUUGAUGCAAUCAUCUCAAUGUUGAGAGAGGUAGUGCCUCAACUAUCUUGUCCAAUCGCACUAUUUACAUAUUAUAACCCUAUACUGAAACGGGGUGUUGAGAAGUUCAUGACUACUGUGAAAGAUGCCGGAGUACAUGGGCUUGUGGUUCCAGAUGUCCCACUGGAAGAAACUGAGAUCUUGAGAUCUGAAGCUCUGAAACAUCAUAUUGAAUUGGUACUCCUCACAACACCAACAACCCCUAAAGAUAGAAUGGAAAAGAUUGUGGAAGUUUCAGAAGGAUUUGUAUAUCUGGUGAGCUCAAUUGGAGUCACUGGUGCUCGGGGAUCUGUAAGUGCAAAGGUUCAGAGUCUGCUACAGGAAAUUAAAGAGGCAACAAAUAAGCCGGUGGCAGUUGGUUUUGGCAUAUCAAAACCAGAGCAUGUGAAGCAGGUAGCAGGGUGGGGAGCGGAUGGUGUUAUUGUUGGCAGCGCAAUAGUAAAAUUGCUGGCGGAGGCAGAACCUUCUGAAGUACUAAAAGAGUUGGAAGUCUUUACCAAGUCCCUGAAAUCUGCAUUGAUUUGAUAAGCUGUAGAAUCUGGAUGAACUCUCAUAAAAUUUGUAAAACUAUUUUACAUCUGAAAUCCGAUCAAAUAAAGAUUGCAAGCUGAAAUUUUGGAUGUUGAUUAA